GUCUCUUGCUUCGAAUUUUCUUCGGUUAAAAUAAAAAAAGACUACUCUGCAUGGGGAGUCAUCGGGAAAUCAGGAUCCGACAGCGCCGGCGGAUUUUCCCGGCUAAAUGCGAGACACCAUGAGACGCAGUUUUUUUAUAUAAUCCUCAGAAACUAGCAGGAAAAAUGAUGAUAAUAACCGCGACGAUAUCCACAGCAACAGAGACAAUAAGCAGAACAAUUCAGUGAAACUCCAAAAAGGAGUUGCUAAAUUUUCCAUUAUUUUCAUUUAAGUCCCUCUGCAAUGGCUGCCACGACUAAUUCAACGACGACUCCAGUAGACUCAGUCUCGGCUGAUGAGUUAGCAGCCAAGGCCGUGCAAAAAAGAUACGAAGGGUUAGGGACGGUUCGAACCAAGGCUACAAAAGGUAAAGGAGCAUGGUAUUGGGCAUAUCUCGAACCCAUGCUUGUUCGUAAUACCGAUACCGGACUCCCCAAAGCUGUAAAACUCCGAUGCUCUUUGUGCGACGCUGUUUUCUCAGCGUCUAAUCCUUCAAGAACAGCUUCAGAACAUCUAAAGAGGGGAACAUGUCCCAACUUUAACGCUUUUGCUAAACCCAUUUCUUCUGUUUCUCCAUCUCCGACAACGCUAGCAGUUGGAACCGCUACUCAAAAUAAUAGAAAACGGCCUUCUUCGGUCACGGUAACUGCCACUGGCCAGGACCUUGACGCAUCCGGUUCUGGUCCGGGUUACUCUUAUGAGGCUACUCCGUUGGCUAUUGUUGAUCCUUCAAGAUCAUUUGGGGAGUUAGCUUACUCGCCGUCGCCUGGGGCAGUUGUGACGGCGAGUGAUGGAAGUUUCGCGCCACAAAAUCAACAUCAUUUGGUUUUAUCUGGAGGUAAAGAGGAUUUAGGUGCUUUGGCUAUGUUGGAAGAUAGUGUAAAGAAGCUAAAAUCUCCUAAAAUAUCACCUGGGCCAACUUUAAGCAAAUCCCAGAUUGAGCGUGCAAUUGAUUUAUUAGCUGAUUGGAUUUAUGAGUGUUGUGGGUCGGUUUCAUUUUCGAGUCUUGAACAUCCAAAGUUCAGAGUUUUUCUUAAUCAGGUCGGGUUACCGCCAGUUUCAAGCAGGGAGCUUGCUGGGAGUAGAUUGGAUGUUAAGUAUGAGGAAGUGAAAGCAGAAUCCGAGGCCAGGAUUAGAGAUGCUAUGUUCUUCCAGGUUUCAUCUGAUGGGUGGAAAGUUAGGAGCGUUUCUAGUGGCGAGCGGAGCUUGGUGAACUUGACCGUGAAUUUGCCUAAUGGGACUAGUUUGUAUAGAAGGGCAGCUUUUGUUAGUGGUUUUGUUCCUUCAGAAUAUGCAGAGGAGGUGAUGUGGGAAACGGUGACCGGAAUUUGCGGGAAUGCCGUGCAGCAGUGUGCAGGGAUUGUUGCUGACAAGUUUAAGGCUAAAGCAUUGAGGAAUUUGGAGAAUCAGCACCAUUGGAUGGUUAAUCUUUGUUGUCAGUUCCAGGGUUUUAAUAGUUUGAUUAAGGACUUUAACAAGGAGGUUCCUUUGUUCAAGACAGUGACCGAUAACGCCUUGAAACUUGCAAAUUUCAUAAAUAUCACUCCUCAAUUUCGAAUUAGCUUUGAAAAGUAUCUGUUACACGAGUGUGGGAGUACUGAGUUCUUGAGGGUGCCUUUGCGUGAUCACGAGAGCUUGAACUUUGGACAUGUUUAUACAAUGAUUGAAGAUAUAUUGAACUCUGCUCGGGCAAUUCAGUUGGUUUUGCUUGACGAAACAUAUAAAAUGGUAUCCAUGGAAGAUCCGGUCGCUGGAGAAGUUGCUGAGAUGAUUCGAGAUAUGGGGUUUUGGAAUGAUUUAGAGGCAGUGCAUUCAUUGGUUAAAUUGAUCAAGGAAAUGGUACAAGAGAUUGAAAAUGAAAGACCAUUAGUUGGGCAAUGUCUACCGCUUUGGGAAGAUCUCAGAACCAAGGUGAAGGAUUGGUGUUCGAAAUUUCACAUUGCAGAAGGUCCAGUAGAGAAACUGAUUGAAAGGCGGUUCAGGAAGAACUACCACCCGGCUUGGGCUGCUGCAUAUAUACUCGAUCCACUUUAUUUGAUCAAAGAUAUGAGUGGGAAAUACCUUCCCCCUUUCAAAUACUUGACAGUUGAGCAAGAAAAGGAUGUCGAUAAGCUGAUAACCAGGCUUGUAUCAAGGGAGGAGGCUCAUAUUGCUCUUAUGGAACUUAUGAAAUGGAGAACAGAAGGGCUUGAUCCGGUAUAUGCUCGAGCUGUGCAGAUGAAGGAAAGAGAUCCUAUCACUGGGAAAAUGAAAACUGCUAAUCCCCAAAGCGGUAGGCUUGUUUGGGAAACGUAUCUUACCGAGUUCAAGUCAUUAGGGAAAGUCGCAGUUAGGCUUAUUUUCCUCCAUGCAACCUCGUGCGGAUUCAAAUGCAACUGGUCUUUGUUGAGACGGAUAGGUGCUCAUGGACAUUCAAGAGUAGGCAUGGAGAGGGCUCAAAAGUUGUUAUUCAUCGCAGCGCACUCCAAGCUCAACCGGAGGGUUUUUUCCAGUGACGAAGACAAGGAUGUAGAGCUUUUCAAAUUGGUAAACGGUGAGGAUGAUGUGCUAAAUGAGGUUCUUGUGGAAACAUCCUCAGUGAGCAUUGGAGAAAGAUAUUAUGGGACUGGAAAGACCACCAUAAGAUGGUUGGCCGUUAGCAUUGUUGGACCAUGAUUGCAGAGGAAUUUGGCAGAAGAAUCCAAAGGAAGUGAAAGUUUUCGGCAAGGUUGUGUGUCGUCUCGCAAUAUGUUCCUUGAGCCAGUCGGGUGGAUGGCGAACCGAGUUUCGAUACGUGGGUCAGCGACCUCGGAAGGACCCUGAGACAAGGCCUUUCAAGCUGGAGGAGCACUUGUACAAGUCCCAUGUCCUUUUUUGUGCGCCAUUGGGAGAUUGGAACCCCGCCAUGAAAGUGAAUGUCAUUUUCCAAGCUUUGGUUUUCUGUGUAGGAGAAAGAUCAGACUUUUGCCAUCAAAUCAUAUUUGGGGUU